UGAAGAGCACCAGGCGGAGUUUGAGUCUGAGCACCUUCUAUGGGCAUCCAUUUUGCGCGUCAUUGUCUGGAUUCCGCGUCAAGUGAGAAGAAUUGGAACAAAACAAUAGUUACGCCAAACAAAUUCUCAUCUGCCUACCUAGGUACCUAGUUUUGAUCAACCAUUUUCAGCCACUGUUAGGAAGGAAACACAUAACCAAACAAACACACUCAAAAAGGACACGACCACCCACCAUGUCGACCGCCCUCAUCGACGUCGACUCCAUGGAGCCGUCGCUCCAGUCCAUCCUCGACCAGAAGUCCCUGCGAUGGAUCUUUGUCGGCGGCAAGGGAGGUGUGGGCAAGACGACCACGUCGUGCUCCCUGGCGAUCCAACUCGCCAAGGUCCGCCGCAGCGUCCUGCUCAUCUCGACCGACCCGGCCCACAACCUUUCGGACGCGUUUUCGCAAAAGUUUGGCAAGGAGGCUCGCCUGAUUGACGGCUUCACCAACCUCAGCGCCAUGGAGAUCGACCCCAACGGUAGCAUGCAGGACCUGCUGGCGGGCCAGGGCGGCGACGAGGGUGGUGCGGCCGCCGACGGCAUGGCCGGUAUGGGUGGCAUGAUGCAGGAUCUGGCAUUUGCUAUUCCAGGAAUAGACGAGGCCAUGUCCUUCGCCGAGGUCCUCAAGCAGGUCAAGUCGCUAUCGUACGAGACCAUCGUCUUCGACACGGCACCGACAGGUCACACCCUGCGCUUCCUGCAGUUCCCGUCCGUCCUCGAAAAGGCACUCGCCAAGGUCUCGCAGCUGUCGUCGCAGUACGGCCCCCUGCUCAACGGCUUCCUCGGCGGCCAGGGCCAACUGCCCAACGGCCAGUCGCUGCCCGAGAUGAUGGAGAAGCUGGAGCAGCUGCGCGAGACCAUCUCCGAGGUCAACACGCAGUUCAAGGACGAGAACCUGACGACGUUUGUGUGCGUCUGCAUCGCCGAGUUCCUCUCCCUGUACGAGACGGAGCGCAUGAUCCAGGAGCUGGCCAGCUACAACAUCGACACUCACUGCAUCGUCGUCAACCAGCUGCUCUUCCCCAAGAAGGGCAGCAAGUGUGACCACUGCGACGCCAGGCGCCGCAUGCAAAAGAAGUACCUCGACCAAAUCGAGGAGCUCUACGAUGAGUUCAACGUCGUCAAGAUGCCCAUGCUUAUCGAGGAGGUCAGGGGUAAGGAGAAGUUGGAGAAAUUUAGUGAGAUGCUGGUCAAGCCUUAUGUACCCCCGGAGGCAGACGAGUAGAUAAAUUUAGAUGAAACAUAAAAAGAAGAGAAAGAAUUGGUAUAUUCAGGUUAGGUAUCAAGGAUAUCAUUAUACCAGGUCAAUGUGCUCUUUAUGUGGGAUAUCAAGUCCAACGUUGAGUGCUCAUGACAUAUAAUUUGGUUUAUAACAUGGAACAAAUCAGGCGCGGAGUUGGGAAGGGUAGGGAGAUGAAUACCAAAGGUUGAAUUUUAA